AUGUGGUCGUCUGCCCGUCAUGUCGCUGCAGGCGACACCGUCAUCGUCUGGCUCGUACGUCCCUCCCCUCCCUCCCUCCCCUCCCUCUCCCACCCAUUAACCCUCCCCCUCCCCCCACAGACCCGCGACAACAUCCAACCCCUCACCAUAACCCCCGGCCGCGACUUCAACACCAAAUUCGGCAACUUCAAACAAGACCACUUCAUCGGCGUGCCCUACGGCUCGAAAGUCCCCUCGCGCUCCGGUCGCGGCUUCGUCCAUAUCCUACGCCCGACGCCCGAGUUGUGGACGGUUGCGCUCCCGCAUAGGACGCAGAUUUUGUAUGUGGCGGAUAUUGCGUUUGUUACGGCGUAUUUGGGGAUUAGGCCGGGGAGUAGGGUUGUUGAGGCUGGCACGGGCUCUGCGUCGUUCUCGCACUCUGUCGCACGCACGAUUGGCGCAAAAGGACAUUUGUACUCGUACGAGUUCCAUGAAGCGCGGUAUAUCAAAGCAAAAGAAGAAUUCGCCCGGCACGGUCUCGAAAGUACAAUCACGCUCACGCAUCGUAAUGUGUGCAAGGACGGGUUCACGGUUGUGGAUGCUGUGGAUGCUGUGUUCCUAGACCUACCCGCUCCAUGGGACGCAGUUGAACAUGCGAAGAAGGCGUUAAGGAAAGACACGCUAGCCCGCAUAUGCUGCUUCAGCCCGUGCAUCGAACAGGUCCUGCGCACCGUGAGCGCGUUGAAUGAGGCUGGGUUUACUGAAAUAACAACCUACGAAACCCUCCUACGCCCACACGAAGUGUUCCAGCACGCACCACUGCAGUCUGUAGCGGCCGUAUCGGAGAGGUUGAAGGCGAGCGAGGUGAGGAGGGAGGAGAAGAGGGUGAGGCAGGUUGAGGCGAAUCGGGUGGCGAGGGGGGGUGGGGGUGGGAGGGGGGUGGGGGUGAAGAGAGAGAGGGAGGACGGGGAGGAGGAGGGUGUGAGUAAGAAGGUGAGGAUUGAGGGUGCGGGUGGGGGUGGGAGCGGAGGUGAGGGUGGGGGUGAGGGUACUGGUGAGGGUACUGAUGUGGGUGUAGAGGGCGAUGAGGAUGCGGAUGCGGAGGGAGAUGUGGAUGAGGAUGUGCGCGGAGAUGAGGAUGUGGAGAUGUCCACGCCGAUGUCUGUAACGCCUACACCUACGCCUGCGCCUAUACCGAUACCGACGACUGGUCUAUCAUCAAGUACAAGCGCGCCAACGGAAGCGGCAGCGUCAUCAACGUCAAUAGCAGUUGCAUCUGUACCAACGUCAUCUACGACGAUAUCCGGUUCUACAGUACAGACUCCAACACCAACAUCAACACAGACGCAGACGCAGACACAAACGCCGACACAGACACCAGCACAAAAACAAAUACCGACACCAACUCAAAGCCAAAGCCAAAGCCAAAGCCAAAACCAAAUACAAAACAAAACCCAACCACAAAAACAAACCCAACCACCAACACAAAAACAAACACCAAGAAAAAUAAACGUAGCAAAAGCAUUACAUGAGGUGCGAGGGCACACUUCGUAUCUUACUUUUGCGUGUUUGGUGCCUUCUGUGUUUAAUGUGGGUUCUUCUUCUUCUGGGUCUGGUUCUUCUUCUGGUGUGUUUGAUUUGGGUUUGAAGGAGGAGGAGGGGGAGGGGGUGCGGGAGGGUGAGGGGGAGGGUGGAGAGGGGGAGGGGGAGGGAGAGGGGGUGAAUGGAAGGCAAAGUGGAGAUAAAUCUGAAGUCGAAACAAGAGAAACUGAAGUCGAAGUCAAAACAAGGGAAAGCGAAGUCGAGACCGAAAACAGGAGUUGA